AUGUCCAGCCAGGAGUACUACCAGGGCCAGCAGGGUGGCUAUCCCGCCCAUCCUCAGCCCAGCUACGGCCCGCCCCAGGGUCAAUACGGUCCUCCCCAGGGACAGUACUAUGGUCCUCCUCAGGGCCAGCCUCCCAUGCAGUACCAGCAGGCUCCUCCCCAGGAAUCUCGUGGCCGACGCGGUGGCAGCAACAACUGCUUAAUGGCCUGUCUCGCAGCUCUUUGCUGCUGCUGUGCUGUCGAAGAGGGUUGCGAGUGCUGCAUCGACUGCUGCGAGUGCCUCCUGUAA